GCUAACCCAGGCACAUAGGACUGGCAAGUGCUCUGGCCAAUAACAUUGAUUCCUAAACCUGAAGGGGAGGUACAACCCCAGCACAUAGGGAAAUGUACUUUCUCAGACAUAAGUUUGAUUUGAGCCUCAGUGAUUUACCAUCAUGCCAGAUUUUACCUUUUCUGUUUUAAACUCCUUAAAGUCCUUGCUCCUGGUAUUAGGAUUACAGCAGUGCUAAAUUGGGGGGCUGGUUUCUCGCCUUCAGCUGCCUCUCAGUAAAGCCACAUGACCAGAAGGAAUUUUUAGUGACUCUUUCCCUGCUGCUCUGAACAGAGGCGGAAGUGAAGGGCAUCUGAAAGCGUGAGAAGGGGUGUCUGGACAAGGUGCUGAGGAUGGCAGACCGCUCUGAUCUCUGGAUUGGCAGCGCUUAUCUAUUCCUCCAGUCGACCUCUGAGAAGAUUGUCCUGCCCUCUCUUUAUGAAAACUCCCACCAGAAGUCUAGCGUGUUCAAGGCCCUCAAGUUGGCUUUAGCAGAUUCCACCGGCAGCCUGCAUGGCGUCGACAUGCUCAAGGUGCACUGCAGUGAGCCACACCUGAUUAUCCAGCUUAAAUUCUGCAUGCGAGAGAACUGCCGCAAAUUCCUUCGGAGCUACCGGGCCGGGUUGUUUCGGGAGUCUCUACAGAAACACCUCCAAGUCACCCUGUCAAUGACAGCCGUACCUGUUCAAGUGGAGCUGAAGGCUGGCAGUGAGCAGCUGGACCACAUGCUGAAUGAGGAGGAGCGCUGUUUGGAAUGUAUCUACAAAGAAAAGCCCGACCGCCUGAGGGACGAGGAAAUUGCAGAGCUGGAGGAAUCUUUCAGGAGCCUGACUUGUCGACAGGAGAGCAACAACUCGACCCCUUCAAACAACUGCAACUCUUUGAACUCCUCCUCUCUGCCUUAUUGUUCUGGGGGGAGCUCUCUGCCCCCUGGAGCCACCUUCAUCUUUCAGGAACAACAAUUUGCCAACAGAACACUCACGCCAGAUGACCAUCAAAAAUUUGCCACGCUCGUGUCGAAGAAAUGGAAGCAGGUGGGUAGGUCUUUGCAGAAGAACUGCCGUGCCCUUCGGGAUCCUGUCAUUGACAACUUGGCCCAUGAAUAUGACCGAGAGGGAUUGUACGAGCAAGCGUACCAGCUCCUUCUCAAGUUUAUCCAGUCAGAGGGCAAGAGAGCCACGUUACAGAGGCUGAUUGUAGCCCUGGAGGAAAACAGUCUCAUAACCUUAGCAGAGGAACUCCUGGGCCUCCACCCUAGUGAAAACGACAUGUCAUAGACCAGGGAUGGAGAAGCCAGAGGAACUUGAAUCUUGCCCGUUUCAGACAGUUUCCAAGACUCUUGCCAGCGUUCCAGGAAUGCAAAGCUCAGUUAACCACCAUGGUAUCCUACUAGCGGAGAAUGCCCAAGGAAAAGCCACUGUGCAUUUACAAAGUCAGCCUGGGUACUGCAUUACCACAGGACUGACAUACUUCAUUGCUCAUCGUUGCCAGGAGACAGUGCUGUUUACGAGCUGGGGAGAAUGGCUUCCAGUCACUACCCCCUGGGGUGACAUGUUGCAAUGCACCUAACAAUGCUACAGCCCAGGCCUACGGAUUAUGCCAACAUGGUGAAUGUUAAAGAGCAGCUGUGGUUUCAGGAAAGUCCUUUGGGAAACAUUCUACAGGUGUUUAGAAAUAAUUCUGUUCAUUGAAUAUAUAGUACACACUUGGAGGGGUAUUCCCGCCCCCUUCAUUCUUCACAAAUAAGGACAUUUCAUGUAAACAGUAACUCCUCCACUAAAAAGCUUGUCUGCUCUUUUUUUUCUCUCCCCACCUGAAGGCAUCCUCGUUACUCUAAGAAAGUUUCAAUUCUCCAUGCAGCAAACAGCUGCAAUGGAACAAACUGCAGGUGGUAAAUAAGCAGGAAGAGCAGGUGAACUCUUCUUAAAGGUCAAAACCAACGUCAAAACCAACUCAAGCCCCUACCCACGUGCUGAGUGAUGCCUCUAAGCAGGCCGCAAGGUCCAUUCAUCACAUCACUGGCUCUCUUUAAAAACUGUCCUUGGCUUGGCCAGAGAUGCCCCAGAAUGCAGCACUCUGGGACAUCACAUACCAGGAGAGUCAGGACCUGCACAACAUCUUUCUUUGGCAUGCUGAGAUUCUGAGACAGCCAGGAACCAGCUCUGCCUGGGGUGCCAGGUUCACAUAUUCUGGAUUUCAAGUGUAAAGUUUGGGAAAGUACAAAAAAAAGAGGUAGGGUCAACUUCUGCUCUCUGUUAGAUCAUGACAACCCCACUGGCUUCAGUAGGUGUGCCCAGGCUGUAACAAGAGCAGAAUUUGUGCCUGAGCCCAUAAGGAAAUACACAGCAACAUAUAAGAGAGCAUAAGCAAUCACGUAUCAUGUAAAACGUGAUCAUCCAGCUUGCUUUCCUGCGGCAUGUUUCUUGUGGCAUCCUGGCUGGUUUUUACCUAUCUUUAGGCCUUUCAUUGACUCCAUUUAGCCUCCCCCUCUGUAAAUGAUCAUGGAAUAGCAGAUAGUCCAUGGGGGUCAUUUCAGAUUUGAGGGGAGGAUGGAUCUGCCAGUGUGUGUACUCAUGUAAAGUUGCUCACUCUACCUCUCAAGGGCAGUGGUUCGCCAAUGGGCAAGAGCAGAUGUCCUUUUAAACCCAAAUCAUGUUUUAUCCUAUUCCUAUAAGCAGUUCUAUAACGUUUGGCUGAGACAAAGAAAUUCCCUGAUAAGGAAGAGCUCAGCCCUGGGAUCCAGAUGUAGGUUCAAAUCAGAGUUCACAGGAAUACCACUCCCUGCCCGUUAAAAUGAUACUAUGUUUGUCCCAGAGGUAUCAGAGUGCCUAGAACAAACUGAGCCUGACCAUUCAAUUGGAACCUGAGACAGUUUGCCUUUGGAUCUGAUUCCAAAUCCCCAAGGUUGUGUGUGUUCACGUGCAGGGUUUGUUAACCCAAAGAGGAUAUGUGACAUAUAAAAUUUGAAUAUGGGAUUUUAGGGUAUGAUGCUGCUCCCAUUAUUUUGCGAUUGGCUUCAAAGGGAGCAGGAUUGGAACCUCAUUUUGGGCCCGUCUCCACUAAGACAGUCAACAUUCCUGCUGGUCCC